AAAACACGAGGUUAGUGCAAAGGGAGAAGAAGUGCAAGGAUGAAAUCCCACUCUCCGUGGGGCACAGCAAAGAAUCCCGUCAAGUUUCGGAUACCCACUGCGGAGAAUCUCGUUCCGAUACGCUUAGAUAUUGAAAUCGACGGGCAGAGAUUUAGAGAUGCUUUCACCUGGAAUCCAUCUGAUCCUGAUUCUGAAGUGGCUCUGUUUGCAAAAAGAACAGCUAAAGACUCGAAGCUUCCUCCUGCUUUUAUCACACAGAUCGCUCAAUCCAUACAAACACAGCUAACCGACUUUCGAUCGUACGAAGGGCAAGAUAUGUAUACUGGCGAAAAGAUUGUUCCCAUCAAGCUUGAUCUCCGUGUUAACCAUACGCUUAUCAAAGACAACUUUUUAUGGGAUUUGAACAACUUUGAGAGCGACCCCGAAGAAUUUGCCAAAACGUUUUGCAAAGACAUGGGCAUUGUCGAUCCCGAAGUUGGACCUGCUAUUGCAAUUUCCAUUCGAGAACAACUUUAUGAGAUUGCUGUGCAAAAUGUGACGUCAGCUCGCGAAAGCAGAAUGAACAAGAAAGGGCGCAGAGGGCUCGAACAUAUCCAAGCCAGCAAGAACGCAGGGAAUGCUGUGGACUUAUUCAAGUUAUUUGGUAAUAAAUCGAGUGUCGUUCGAAAGAGGAAAGAGUGGGAUGUAUAUGAACCCAUUGUUGAUCUAUUGUCGAACGAGGAAGUGGACGCUCUCGAAGCUAAAGAAGAAAGGAUGGCAAAAUAGUUAUUUAUUAGUUAUUACAGUGUAUAUUUAUUGCAGUUGCUUAGGAUAUUGGCGCCAUCUUAUGUUUAAAACAAAGAACCUCCUUGCACUUCGGCACUAGAUAAAUGCAGAACGAGUUUUAGCAAAUACUAGACUUUUUUUUUUUUUU